GAGGCGUGGACUGGCGAGGCGACCGUAGAAGAAGAAUUCAAACGCGUCAUUGUUUUGGUUUGAUUUCUCUGCAGAAAAGUGGGUCCAUAAACAUUAACAACCGAGAGCAAACACUAACAAAUAUUUUUAAUCGUGAACAUAACAAGAUCGUCACCAUGACAACAAAACGUGGACUGAUAACCGAUUCAUUUAAAGUGCUGAAGAAAACAAGGAGAGGGGGAAAGCGAAAGAAGAGUCCCACGCCUCCUCCAGCACUUCAAGGUGAGGCAGCGCUCAGGCUAAACGAUUCUGGUCUGUUGUCAGGCAUCAGCAGAAUGCAGAGGUGGGAGAGAGCGAAGCUUCAUGGUCUGAACCCACCUGAGGAAAUCAAAGAGCUGUUGCUGCAAACACUCGAUGAUCCUGAGUACUCCAUGAGCCUCUGGAGAGAAUAUCCGUUCUGAGGAAAACAUCAUGAAGAGGACAAAGAUCCAGACUUUUGUGAAAGUCAGGGAUGUUUUUAUUUUGUUGUUUUAUGACCAUGUUUGCUGUUUCUCUUAUUCUGCUUCAAUUAAAAGUUUUUAUAAUUUUUUCAAAUUAAAAGAUUACCAUGUAUCUUGCUUUUUGCAUUACAAGAUUGAUACUCUCAUGGAAGUUUCCACUGUUUAAAAAAUAUGCCCAAAAAGUGUGUUCAUCAGUUAUAUUUCCUUUUAUUCUCCUUUGGUAUCAUCACAUUGGCACACAUUUCCAUUUAUAAAGUGAUUUAAAAACAAAGUUUAAGUUUUCUUUUACAUUCCUGUAAGGUAACAGAAGCAGGGCCAACAUGUUUUUUUUAUUUUUCUACACUGUUUUUUUAAUAAAAAGGAUAUUUUAGUCUGUUGAAUAUUGGCAUAAAGAAAUUGAUGUAACUGGUUUAAAAAGGAAAUAAAAGUCACAUUUAAAUAACUUA